GCAAAGAAAAAGAAAGGUAGCCAAAAUGUCAUCCACACCGAACCUAGCCGUGCUCUCCGCACUCGACGAGGCCCGAACCCAAUUGUACCAUGUCACUACCAUCGUCAUCGCUGGCAUGGGCUUCUUCACCGACGCUUACGAUCUCUUCUGUAUCUCCACCAUCUCUAAGCUACUCGGCCGCCUCUACUACUACGAACCAGGCUCAGGGGCCCCCGGUAAGCUCCCAACACCCGUCAACAACUUCGUCGUGGGUGUCGCCCUCGUUGGGACGCUCACGGGUCAGCUCGUGUUCGGAUGGCUCGGAGACAAACUCGGCCGAAAGAAGGUCUACGGCAUCACCCUCAUACUCAUGGUCAUCUGCGCCAUAUGUUCAGGUCUCUCGUUCGGUUCCAGUGCGAAAUCAGUCAUAGGCACUUUGUGCUUCUUCCGAUUCUGGCUUGGAUUCGGUAUCGGCGGGGACUACCCCCUGUCGGCCACCAUCAUGUCCGAGUAUGCCAACAAGAAGACCCGUGGUGCGUUCAUCGCAGCCGUCUUCGCCAUGCAAGGCGUUGGCAUCAUUGCCGCAGGCUUGGUGUCCUUGACUCUCUCUGCGUUAUUCAAGUACUACUACCAUGCCCCAUCAUUCCAAGACGACCAUAUCUUGUCGACGCAGCCGGAGGCCGACUUCAUGUGGCGGAUAGUCCUCAUGCUCGGCGCAGUCCCAGCGCUGCUAACUUACUACUGGCGGAUGAAGAUGCCUGAGACGGGCCGCUACACCGCAAUAAUAGAGGGGAACGCAAAGCAGGCGGCGAUUGACAUGGGAAAGGUGUUGUCUAUUGAGAUCCAAAAUGAACAAGAGAAGGUGGCCCAGUUCAGAUCAGUGAACGAGUACUCAUUACUCUCCAAUGAGUUCUUUGCUCGCCAUGGGUGGCACCUUAUAGGUACAAUGAGCACAUGGUUCUUGCUAGACAUAGCUUUCUAUAGCCAGAACCUGACCCAGAAGGACAUCUUCCCUGCAAUCGGGCUAACCAAGCCCCCCAAAGAACUCAACGCCUUAGAGGAAGUGUUCUAUACGUCUCGGGCCAUGUUCGUGAUUGCAAUGUUCGGUACCUUCCCUGGGUACUGGUUCACCGUCUUCUUCAUCGAGAAGAUUGGACGAUUCAUAAUCCAACUCAUCGGAUUCUUUAUGAUGUCACUGUUCAUGCUAAUCAUGGGGAUUAAGUACGACUAUCUGAAGGAGGAGAACAAGAGGCUGUUCGCCGUUCUAUAUGGCCUCACCUUUUUCUUCGCCAACUUCGGACCCAACAGCACGACAUUCGUGCUGCCGGCUGAGCUGUUCCCGACGCGGGUAAGGUCCACAUGCCACGCCAUGAGUGCCGCAGCCGGGAAGGCUGGGGCCAUGGUUGGCGUGUUCGCGGUGCAAAGCUACACGUCAGUAGGGGGUACGGAAAGGAUAAAGACUGCGAUGAUCGUGAUGGCAAUGACGAACAUGCUCGGGUUCUUCUGCACGUUCUUGGUUACAGAGACGAAAGGACGGUCGUUGGAGGAGAUCUCGGGUGAGGAUGGUGGAGCCGCCAGGUACGUGGAAAAGGAGGCCGAGAUGCAGGACCGUUGAAGGGGUUUGAGUCGGUUGCCCGAUACGGGAACGGAGGUAUCGGUGGUAUUACCUUGAUGGGAAAGGGUUUCGGCAAGUCUGGUACUUGUGCAUGGCAUAAAUAAGUCGUUGGUGGGCAAAACCUAUAUUUAUGUUCUGUUUAAGCGUUUAUGUGGCCUGGUACGGAACGUCAGUUUCAGCCAACCUCAAAUACUAUGAUACUCCGUCAGUUUAUUAGGCACUUAGAAAUUAUUGAGUGGCA